CGCUUGUCCAGGAGAAGAUUAUCUACGGUUCGGAAGGUAAAACUCGACAAAGUUGAAGCCAUGGCUCACAACCACUCAAAAAUGCCCGUUUAACAUUUGAAGAUAUUGAAGAUGCCCGGUCUCGUGUCCUGUCCUCAGGUUGUCGCUCUGUCUCUCCCCAGAUGCCCGGUCUCGUGUCCUGUCCCGGUGGUCUGAUAGUCAUUGGUCUCCUCCUCCUCCAUUCCUCCUCCGUGAACACCCUUUCAGAGAUAUGGACCAAUGAAGAUGUUCAGUACGGGAGGAUAGGGUCCAACGUUACGCUGCUGUGUAGAGACGCACUGGACAGGACGUCAGUAGAGUGGCGACUGAACAGGAGGUCCGUGUUGCCAUGGCAGCACCGAGUGACAUCAGGCGGUCAUCUGGUCCUCGUGCACGCAGAACACGCUGCCGAGGGUAACUACAGCUGCCAUGACGAGCAGGGACUCCUCAUCCAGACCACCAGACUCAGGCUAGGAUAUCCCCCCAGUCUGCUCAGCAUUUCCUGUCUUGUGCCCAAUCACAGCCUAGUAUUGUGUUCAUGGGUGGAGUCUGUGAAGACCCACCUACCAGCCCUGUACCACACCUCCUAUAGGGGUAAUAAGAGCCAGGUGAGGAUGUGUGUGGUGUCGUCCCCUCCCCAGAAGCAGUGCAUCAUCACAGACCCUGCCAUGUGGCAGCUCUACCACUACAUCAACAUCACCGAGACCAACCCUCUGGGGUCACAGACCACCAUCAUUCAGGUCAAGUUCCACAAGCUCUUGCAGCCAGACCCCCCAGAGGCAGUAACAGCAGUGGGGAUGGUAGGAUAUCCCAUGAGGCUCCAGGUGUCCUGGACGAACCCUGCCUCCUGGCUCCACGACGCUGUGCCCUUCCCCCUCCACUUCCAGCUCCGCUACCGUCCUGUAGGAUCCAGCAUCUGGUCUACCGUCAGUUCCUCUAGUCAUCACCUCUCCCCUCCCUACCGUCCUGUAGGAUCCAGCAUCUGGUCUACCGUCAGUUCCUCUAGUCAUCACCUCUCCCCUCCCUACCGUCCUGUAGGAUCCAGCAUCUGGUCUACCGUGGAGUCUAAGGCCAGUGCCCUGCUCAUAACCGACGCCCUUGCUGGCCACGCCCACCAGCUACAGGUGAGAGCCCAGGACGAGAUCAACCCAGACAGCCAGUGGAGUGACUGGAGCCCCCUGCUGCAGGCCUGGCCAUGGAGCGGUUGCACAGCAGAUCCAACUGAACAAAUCGUCCCUGUAGACUACAAUGACAAAGAUGCGGAGCCCUCUACAGCCAACACCAAGUCAGAGAAUUCGGAGGAUGAUGGUGGUAAUCUGGGAGUGGUGAUAUUUCUGUCCCUGUUUGCUGUCAUCAUCAUUUUCUUGUUGUCCUCUCUAUUUGUCCUCAUGUGGGUGAGGCAAUGGAGGCGGGACAAUGUGACACGACAGGAACUGACCUCAAUGUUGAAGAUGAAGUCCUGCAUAUCUGAACCUAGGUUGGCCCCUCCUCUCCACCAGGCCAUACCUCUACCAGCUGUCUGCAGCGUCCACAACACACUACCCACAACCUACCAGGAGACUCACCACGCUACCCACAACCUACCAGGAGACUCACCACGCUACCCACAACCUACCAGGAGACUCACCACACUACCCACAACCUACCAGGAGACUCACCACGCUGCCAACAACCCAUCUGGAGUGAGUGCUUGGCCUGGUCGCUGCCUGCCGAUAGACAGACAUGAUGGACCGACUGACUGACUCCUCCCACUGGAGUUCAACCUCUUCUGAUUGGCUGUGGGCCUCAGUGACAGUACAGCACCAGUAAACAUGAAGUCAAAGGAAGGAGGGAUUAGUAUCUGUCUGUCUCCUCCCCUGACUGACUGACUGAACAAGGUUCACAUUGUAUUCCUGAUGAUGGUCCUUUAUUACUCGUGACUAAUGGAAUGCUGAAAGAGGAGAAGAAGAAACAAGAGUUUUCCAAUUUUCUAAAGCAAAAGGCAUUACCGAUAUAUAGACCGGUUGGCAAUAUAGACAGGUUAUAAACAGGUUAUAAAGAGGUUAUAGACAGGUUGUGGAGAAGUUAUAGACCGAUUGGCAGUAUAGACAGGUUAUAAAGAGGUUAUAGACAGGUUGGCAGUAUAGACAGGUUAUAAAGAGGUUAUAGACAGGUUGGCAUUCUCUUUACUUCAGCAGAAAAAGAGAAGGAACACUCUGCAAGGCUACUGCUAUUGGUCAGUGGUUGAGAAAGAGGAGUCCUGUCAUUUCCAUGCUGACCAGUCACAGACAGUGUCAGGACGAUGUCAUUACUUAAUGUGUGUAUGUGGGUAGCUUGAGGUUACAUUGGUCUGGGAACAGUUAUCCUCUCUCCCGACCCCGACCAGACGUAAUGUGGCCCCACCAACCAGCAUGACAUCAGUUCUCCUCCGUCCCGUUUCCCAACAUCCCACAGCGUUAUUCUGCUCUAAAUGACAGUGAUAGUGAUGUUAUUUGUUGGUUUCUUUACAUCGCUGUGUAGUCAUGGGAAACACAAGGUGUCUUUACUUAAAGAGUUAAAGCCUCGCUGGGUGUCUUUGAGGACUACAAGGUUCUCUCCAGCUAGUACCUAUGCAUGGAUCCUGUUGAAGAUUCUUCUGUGUUCUAUCUUAACCAACAGAGUUAAAUGUAGUUCAUGUAUAUAUUCUGUUGUUUUUAGAGGCUGUUCCACUGUGCACCAUUCCCCAGUCAAUGAUAUGAAGCUCUAAUGCACUAGAUGUCCCAGUGUGUUUGUUCCUAUACAUCCCAAUUGGCACCAUGUGCCCUAAAUACAGUGAGCUCUAAAAUAAAUGGGACAGUGACAUUUUUAUUGUUGGAUGCAUUUGCUAUUUGUUUUGGUUGUGUUUUAGAUCAUUUACCCAAUAAUAAUGAAUGGUAAAUCAUG